UUUACAAUCUCUAAGUGUGUCAAAAAGAGAAUCUGUCCCUGUCCUCUGGUUGUGUGUGUGUGUGUAUAUGUGUGUGGUCUCUGGUGAUUAGUGACUGGUCUUCGAUGCAAUCUCACGUGCAACUCCCUGUAGCUGUGGUAGGGUUUUGAUUAAACGUCUUUAAAGUCUUAUGGCUUUCCCUUCGUGAAGGGGAAGAUAAAAAAGGUUACUUUGUUCGGCCUUUCGAUAUUUGUAGCACUUUGCGCUUUUGCUACACCUUGAAUCUUCCUUGGGUUUCUUUGAAGGAAACACUUUUCAAUUUUUCAUCAUCAAUUCAGGCUUUGAGCUUCUAAUUCUAGCCACCAACUCACCCUCUCCUCCCACCUUUCAAACCCACAACACAACACCACAGUCCCUUCUUGUACUCUUGCCUCGUGGAUCUUACACUAUAUAUGCCCCUAAUCCUCCUUUCCCUGAUCCGGAAACAAGCUACAUACACAUUAUUAGACAAUAGAGAUCGCAAGGGAGAUUGAAUUUUGAUUUAGAUAUGGCACUUGAGGCAGUGGUGUAUCCACAAGACCCCUUUAGUUAUGGCUACAAGGAUUGUUAUUCCUUUCCAAUUGGAGGGGCUUGGGACUAUGAUUUUGAGCUACAAGAUGAAGAAAAAGUUUUUCUUGGGAUUCCUGCAGAACAUAGCAACAAUAAUAAAGAGCAACGACAUGGUCUCCGUGCAAAUUGGGAUUCCUCAUCUCCUUCCAUGAUGCAACAUGCAAAAGAUCAAUGGGAUCCUAAUUCUUCACCUGAGACUUGCACUGUUGAUCAAUCUCUCCCUCCUCCUACUGCUGGAGUAUUCCAUCCAAUGGUACCACCGCCCACCACUGCUGGCCGGCGAAAGCGACGGCGCACUAAGAGCACCAAGAAUAAGGAGGAAAUAGAGAACCAGAGGAUGACUCACAUUGCAGUUGAACGCAACCGCAGGAAACAGAUGAAUGAGUAUCUUGCUGUGCUUAGGUCUCUGAUGCCUCCUUCCUAUGUUCAGAGGGGUGACCAAGCAUCCAUAAUUGGAGGUGCUAUUAAUUUUGUGAAGGAGCUAGAGCAGCUAUUGCUGACCAUGGAGGCCCACAAAAAGACCAAGCAGCAACCAGCAGAUGUCAGUGGCUUCUCUUCAUCACCAUUUGCUGACUUCUUCACCUUCCCACAGUACUCAUCAUCACGAGCUCCGGCUACGGGUGAAGAAUCAGUAGUUGAUCAAAAUCAGUGGUCUGUGGCAGACAUAGAAGUGACCAUGGUGGAGAGCCAUGCCAAUCUUAAAAUACUUUCAGAGAAAAGACCCAGACAGCUCUUGAAGAUGGUGGCAGGUUUGCAAGCCUUAAGGCUCAGUGUUCUCCACCUCAAUGUCUCCACUGUUGAUGAAUUGGUUCUUUAUUCAGUUAGUGUUAAGGUUGAGGAAGGUUGUCACCUUAAUACAGUGGAUGAGAUUGCAGCUGCUGUUAAUCAAAUGCUACGCAGGAUUCAUGAAGAGGAUGCUGCUUUAAGCUAAAAUUAAAUUAUUGUAACCCUGAUUGGGUUUUUCUUCUGUAAUUGAGGCUGUUAAUUACCUCUCAUAAUGGAUUUAAGUUUUUUUUUUU